CAUUUAAUCAUAAACCUUGGCUGCUUUUCGCGGGUGCGUUCGUUUGCCUAAGACGCUUAAACGCCCACGCGUAACUUGCGACUUUUUACAUAUUUGUGCAAAAAUUUAAGUGCUUCGAAGAAAAGAUUGAUUUUACACUCGUACACACUGACAAAUAAACGAAAUUUUAAUGACUAUAGAACGCCUAAUCAAAUUUCACUGUUCGUGGAAAAAUAAAUACUUUCUCAUUUCGAAAGAACAAAUUCAUAAUGCAAUUUUGAAAUUCCCGCUGUAGCGUCGAAUCUGUCAACAGUCAUUCGGGCAGGCGUGCAUUUUUACUGUCAUGUUGUCGUGACGUCCGUAACUCACUCACCGCAAAACUUAUGUACAUCUCUCUAUCCAAUGCGAGUAGAGACUCGCAGUGAGCCGCUGUUUGAGUCAUUGAUUCGUAUGAACAUCAAAAAUCGCCUUUUUUAGAUAGUUUUUUUUCAGAAAAAGAAUAUGAUUCCCGGAAGAUCAAUGCCAGCACCAGAAAAUCCUCUGGGACUUUCUUGGCAUGACAGUGCAUGGAUUCCUAUGCUCAAUCCAGGCAACAUUAUGGAUUACUUUUCUGAGAGGACUAAUCCUUUCUAUGAUAGAACUUGCAAUAAUGAAACCAUUAAAAUGCAACGUUUAACAACUGAACAUCUACAAAAUUUGACGGGUAUUGAAUAUACGUUGCUACAUGUUCAAGAGCCCAUUUUAUAUGUUAUUCGUAAACAACACAGACAUAGCCCUACACAAGUGACACCCAUCAAUGAUUAUUAUAUUAUAGCAGGAGUUGUGUAUCAAGCCCCUGAUUUGGGUUCUGUUAUAAAUUCUAGAUUGCUAACCACAGUAAAUCACUUACAAUCAGCUUUUGAAGAAGCUAGUUCAUUUUCACGAUACAAUCCAAAUAAAGGAUAUUUUUGGGAUUUCGGUAAUAAAGGAUCUACAACGAAAAAUGAUUCUGUUGUCAAGGAAGAACCUAGUACACUAUUUCAACGUCAACGAGUGGACAUGUUGUUAGGAGAUUUAACUAGAAAAUUUCCUCCACCUGCCCCCAAACAAAUACCAGUUGCUGCACAACCUACUCCGACAGCUACUGCUGUUCCCGCUGCUACUGAACCUAAUGCUCAAAUUAAGACUGAACCUCAAACUGAUAAAAAAGACAUGAAACCACCACCAGAGAAAAAGAUGAAAUUAAAAUAAGUUAGUAUAAUAAGUGUAUGAAAAUAAGGUUGUAAAUAUUGAGAAAGUUGUAUAUUUUUUGAAUUGAGAAAUACUAAAAUGAAAAUUUUUUGUGAUUUA